AUGAAACUCAUUGUCGGUCUAUUUCUAUAUAUUAUGAUUUUCCCUUCGUUUGCUAAAAUCGGAAUCACCACAAGAGUUCCGAACACUGACACGGCGGGUCAAGGUUGCGGUCGCAGACCUUCCGGGUCGGGUCAGAACCCGGGUUGGGAUUACCAGUUCGGUCGUGGAUCCAGCCCCGACGGGAGCUGGGCGUACAACUGGGGAACCGGGUCUGGUCCCGAUGGAACCCAGUUCAGUUUCGGGUCGGGUUCUGGCCGGAGCCCCGACGGUGGCGGGUUCGGAAUCGGGUGGGGAAGCUCCUCCUCCUCUGGCGGAAGUGGAGCCACCGCCACCGGUUUCGCAUUCGGCAGCGGCGGCGGGGGAAGGGAGGACCCGGGGAAUGAUGACGGUGUAUCCGGUCAGAGUACCAGCGGAGGUCGGAGCACCGGUGGAGCUCCGGUCGGGAAGGCGAAAGAGAAAAGCCCGGCGGCUCCGGCACCGAAAUAG